CCAUCAGUGUAGGUAGUUUCUCCGCUAUGGCGUCAGCACUUCGAGUGAGGAUUUCGCUUUCGGAGUUGUGCUCCCGACAACGUGCGUUGAAGUCACAGUGCAACCCGUCCUGCGUCGUCUAAACGGCGCUGCGAAAGCGUGACAGUUUUAUAGCGUUACUGAGGCCUUUCCGUAGCAGUGCGCUGAUCCGCCUCCUGUGUUGUCGUCUGCUACACCCUUCCAGAGGGUGUCGACUGAGUAGCGCUUUCGUCCCUGUUUGCAAUAGUGGUAGAGAUUCCAAAGAGCAAACAUCAUUUGUGAAGCGACAAAGUGUGGCCUGCUGUGUGUUUUGAGACCUCUCCCAUGAGUGCAACGGACGCGUAGAAACUUUUCCUUGCCGAAACGUCCCGUGUUUCGCGCGGAGUGAACUCGGCGGACCGGCGGCGGCAUGGGUAAACGCCCGCGCUCGGCGAUCGCCACGGCGGUGCCCUCUGCGCAUGCGCCAGCGCGGGGGCCCAAGAUGGCCGGCCACCUGGCCGCCCUGACUGCCGACGGUGGAAUACCGCUACUAACGCGGAAGAUAGGAGACGUCAAACCGCUCCCGUUCGCGUCGGUGGGCACGCUCAAUGGGGUCCACCUGUUCUCACACCUGAGGGGCGCUUCCCUGCACAGCACAACUACCAAAGGUGCCAAGGCCGUCUGGAGGAGUUACCACGACAGUGUGGUGUUACUUGUGGUGACUAACAACGACAACUCAAGUGACGAGCACCUGAACCGGCUGCUCGACAAUGUGUUCGCUUCCAUGGUGAUGGCUGUGGGACUGGAGACUUUGCAGACCAUACACAACGUCGACAGGCUCAAGCGGGAACUCAGGGUUUGUUAUCCCAUGGUGGAUCACUUGUUGUGCCAACUGGAUCAAGAUGCCUGCACACUUGGUGACCUCACAGGUGUCACCGACUUUAUCCUAUGUACAGAAAGUCAGGCGCUCCAGCACUACCUGGACACCUUCGUGGAGGAAGUGGACAGCUUGUACGGCUGCCUCUUGGUGCGAGGCAAGGUGGCCGUGGCCACCAAACAGUGGAUGCGUCUCACCCGCGAGGAGACCACGCUGCUGGCCAUUGCUGCCCGUGCGGGCACUCGCUGCAUUUCACGCGAGACGCCUGUCUACCUGCCCACCAGCUGUCCUCUGGUAAGCAACCGCCUCGUCACGCUGCAGUUGACGCAAGGAGUUGAACUGUGCCUGCUUUGCGGACCAGCACCAUCAUUGGCAGUUCUCGAGGAAGAGGUGUGCAGGUUUUGGAAUGAAGCUUUCGACUUGCUUAAAACGGCCGCUAGUGUGCACCCGAGGAAUUUUCCGCUAAGCUCGACGUCCGACAAGAAGACUGUGACGUUGCCUUCCCUUGACAAGAACAUCUUGGGGUUCCUCCUGGUGAACAUGAAGAAGCAGCGGAGCCUUACGAGCGUGCACCCCGUAGAGGACGAGAUUGGCCGCACGAAAGAUGGCAAGUGCGUCAGCCUGCGCAAACGCCAGGAGAUGCUGCGUGCUUUGUACAAGCUCGUUAACUCCGCCUACUUCACGAUGACGACGACGCCAGUAAUGGAAGGCGCCACAGGGGCAGCCCCAAAUGCAGGCAGCUCCAACCACCAAGUUACAGAAGUGUACAUGUGUACAGAAACACACAAAAACUACGCCCUUCGAAAUAAUGACUAUCAACUGUACAUUUUGUUUUCAUCAUCUAUACCAACAUUUGCCAUGAGAUCCAUCAGCCACAAAACUCUCAAGGCCCUCACAACCAACAAAGUCUGUGUCCUCUGACAGUACGGCACAGCACCUGGCGUGACAACCUUAAUCUAGUCUGUGAUAUUUACUUAAGCAAACCCUGCAAUGUGCCCCGCAUUUCAAUUACCUCACAUAGAGAUAAUAUAUUAGCACAGGAGUGACGCACAACUGUUGUGACGAUGCUUCUGUAAAGCUUAUCCAUGAUGUCUUUGAGAGACUUGAUGUCCUUGGCGAGACGAGAGCAACACAAUUGUCCAUUGUGAUACAAUUAGUUGCCUUUUAAGAAACUUCCUCAUGCUCAAGAGAAAUGAAGCACAUAUGGGCUGCGAAUCGUAUUUCAAGAUUUUUAUUGUUUUAAUUAGCAUGUCUCCCGGUAAAAUGAGACUAUGAGCUUAUGCCAUCGUGAACUUGCUUGCCAGGCUAGCAUUAUUCCUUUUUAUAAGAAAUAUAGCAUACCCCUCACAUGAAGAAGUCACUUACUGUUCAACAGUAUAUCUGGAUAGAUAAUGACCUUUUAACCAAGAAUGCAAAUCAUUGCUAUUAAUUUGGAUCUUCGAUUCCACAGUUGCUUUGCCAGGGUUUACCACACAAAAAGGACAUGGCAUUAGUAUCACUUCCUCCCUUGGCAUAUGCACUUUCAAGGUAACAAGAAUGUAUAUGCAAAUUACAUCUUUAUUUGGAGUAUGUGCUAUCUUUUGUAGUAAUUCUCUUUCUCUGCAAAAACAGAACCGAUUUGCCUGGUGGCCCAGAACCGUCACUUGCCACACAAUGUGCUUAAUUACCUCUUCAUGUUUGGCAGCAGUGGUAAAAUAGAGCCGUUGCUUCUCACUUAAAUGGAUGUGCAUAAACCAAAACAAGUGCGUUUUGCUUUAGCAGUAUAGUUACUUAUGUGAUUGCUAAAGCAAAUAAGGCAGCGACAGUUGGCUUGCAGUGAUUGGUGUAUGUAAACUAAGACAUUUGCGCAUGUAAGAAAGAACCCGGAAGCAAUAAGCAAAAGGUCCCGUGCUCUUAAAGAACACACUAGUCACUGCGGCAGAAAAAAACUUGUUCUACACUUUUGAAUGCGUGUAACUGAAUGAAUGCUUCCCUAUCAGUUGUAGUCAACUUGUCAUAAUACAAGGUCCUUGAUAUCUUGGAUAUUAAACUAUUCAUAGGUCAUACGUUGUGUGAUACAAAAUACAAUUUCAAACUACCUUACGAAUUAACAGUCAAGUUCGUGGCAACAUUUAGCAAUAUCCUCUACAAUCGCGUGAGGGUAAAAGAAUGACCACUUAUUCCUUGUUACUACUAUAAGCCACCAUGGGUAUUUUUGGCUCCACUGCUCUUGUCUGGAAAAUAUCAAUCAAAACUCGUUCGAAUGAAUCGACCGUAAUGAAAGUGUAAUGAGUCAACCAAAAUUUUAUGACCUGUUUGAUAUAACCAAUGACCGGACAGGGUACUAUGAUGAGUUGACUGUUCAGCAAAGGCUUCAGUACUCUGUAAGAAAAAGAAAUAGCUAGUGAUGUUAUGUACAUACUAAUUUAUUUCUGUGACAAGAAUGCAAGCGUUGAAAGAUGGGGUGAUGUAAUGUAAAAAGCAAUCCUUUGCAAUCACACUUUUUCACUUGCACGUUGCUGCGAUGACAAGCUUGAUUGACACAGGAACCUUACGUUCACAAAUGCGCAACACUCCGAGUAAAGAAGAAGAGGAAUGUAAGCGCUGCACAGGUAGCCAACAACCAAUGCCAGCGAGGGAGAACAAGUUUUAACAUUGUACAUAAACAAGCAAGUGGAUGGAAUCUGAUCCGCGUGUGCAUUUUCUAGUCGGUGUGAAUAAACAAGAGCUUCUAUGUGUUUUUUUGUA